GUUUCUCAUUAAAAUUAAUUAGAUAUUUCUCUGUGUAACAAACUUAUAACAAGUCGUGAUCUAUAAAAGAUGAAAUCUUUGUAUAUAAGAAAUUUAUUUCAAACGACAUAUUGGCCGGUAUUCAUUAUUUAUUUUUAACAUCGUUUUAUGCAUUUGCUAUCCCUGUCCAUCAUCCCACGUUUCCUGUUCCUGUCUUGUACCGGAAACGGGGACUUAAGCAAAUACUUAAGGCGAUCUUAAAUAUAAGUAAGGACUCUGAAUACCGGCUAUUAUGUCACUGAAUAGGAAUGCAAUUUCUGAUAGUACGACGUCACACUAUUUGAAUUAUGAAUGAAAGACGAAAUCUAUGAGACGAUAUAAAAUAUGUGACACGUCGUGUCUGUGAAUGGGAGUAGAAUUCUGGAUAACUCGUAUCAGAGAAUAGUUGUCUAUGGUCACGACCCUAAGCCGACGAGCAAAAGGUUCGUGGUCGAUGAAGGAUAGACCAUAAUAUCCAGAGACGCAGAGUAAUAACAGCGCCGAGAGUGCCUCUGGCACUUUUCUCUCGCUUAAUCGUUAUGGAAAGUCGGAGGAUAAUAUGGGACGUCGACGCGCCGCGGAAUCUCGUAGGAUCAGUAUGCAGUCUCUGUUUUGUCUAUCUUUCUCGAAUGAAGAAACUUAAUGACGUCCCAAGACGAUUUUCCAACGAGCGAAAUGCAAUCAGUACAGAGCAUAGAAUCUUCUUCAAGAAGAAUUCCAUUUUCAAAAUUAUCCUAGUUUCCAAAAAUUUGUUCAGAUCAAAUUGGAUCGAGUGGUCGAUGCGGUGAGCAGGAUUACCAGUAUCGCUUAAUUGGUGCGUAACGCGACAAUACAAGUAUGUACGAGUCUCGAGCGGGGUGAAUGUUGCGGCAACGGAGGCGACCGCGGAUAACACGACCGCCACACCGCAAGAAUCUCGUUGGAUCGGAUCGCUGGUUAGAGUGUUGAACUAAGGUGCACCUUGAUUACCGUGCAACACGGGUAGCAUCGACUUUUUCGAAGUUUCAAUAUAAUUUUACAAUACAGGCUCGAAUUCUUUUAAAAUCCUGACUGAUUCAACGAGACCUGCAUGGAUAGAACAGUUUCUAGUCCUUCGAUGAGAACAUAGAAUUUUCAUCUGGUUCGAGCAAUGCAUUCAUCAGUCCUUUUAAACUCAUAAAAGAAUUUGCACGCAUUGAUUGAUUCUCGACAGGGCGACGAGAUCGACCGAUUUUGGGUGUGCAAAGGGGGUUAAAUUGGAAAGAGGACUCGCGUAGAGGUUCGAACUGAAAAGUGGGGACGCGGAAUGGGUACCGGCGCGGAGAAGCGGGAGGAACACGGAUGGGCGCCUCGCUCGCGGGUAAAGGAGGUUGAGUGAACGGGGUACGGAGACAGAGAGAGAGGAGACGAUGGACAAACAGAGAGACGCGAAGAGUGGGAGAGAAACAGGAGACGGUGUUUGUAAUCAAAGGGGCGAUCCGCGGCGCGGCGUGGAAGAAAGUCGGGCCUACUGUAGCCAGUCCGGCACGGCGCGUUGUCCCGAAUGCACGUCGAACCAUCGAUUUCCGCGUGUGCUGGCCACGUGAUAUCCCGCAGACGACUGUUAUCGCACCUAACUCGCGGUUUCCGACGUUCCCUCGGUCGCCGAUCCAGCGCGUGAUCCGCCGGUCCGGUAUCGGGACUUUAACGGUAUUACCGUUGGCUCAGCGAGCCCAGCCUGGUAACAAGUAGCAGGAAGAAGCUGCGAGUGCGGGUAGAUCACAUGGUUAGAUCUAGUGGUUGGAUCCCAGUUUGCUAUUACUCGGCCGACGAAAACGAGUCAAUGAAUGGGAGUGGCCAGCAUUCCGGAGUUAAAAGAUCAAUGGGAUGAAUGGGACCUGGCAUUGAGAACGAUCCGGAAAAUGGACGUCGUCAAGACCACAACGGAGAACUUCGUGACGGUGGUCAGCGUCGAUAGUCAGCCGCCACCGUCAGAGAAUUUCGUCACCGUUCUAUCGAUCGGUACCACCAAGAAAGAGGAAGAACUCACCACUGUAACCUUGAAGAGUCCGAGCAAUGGAAUUGACGGACCCCUCGAGGAAGAGGUCGAAGUGUACCGACUUCCCGGUGAGAGAUUAGGAUUCGGUUUGAAGUUCGAAGGAGGAAACAAGACCACGGAAAGGGUCCGGAGGCUGUUUGUUCAAAGCUGCGCGGAACAGAGUCCUGCGAGCAGGGCUAAGUGCUCGUGGGGAGCUUUAGGAGAAGGUGACGAGGUACUCUCGAUAGACGGUGUACCAGUGACACACAUGACUCGACUAGAUUGCGUGCGGCGUUUGAAGGAGUCGCAGCUGGUCAUCAAACUAAUGGUCAGGUGUAGGGGAGCGCUGAGACCCGAAGUGGUCAGUGCGGAGAAAAAGAAUUCCCCCGAGAAAUGCAAAGUACCGCCGGAAUUGCCGUCGGUACCGCCGCCCGUUCCGCCCCGAAAGUUGCGACAGGCUAGAGGUUUGGCCGACGGAGAGGCAAACCCGAGUCCCGUAAAAAAAUCUUGGAACAAAUCUCAGAACAGCUCGCAGAGCAGUUCUCAGAAUGGUUCUCCGAAUUCGCAAUCCGUUGGUCAAUUGGAAAAUAGCAAAUCGACGUCAUACGAAAGUUGCGACUCUUCUCCGAGAAGCGUAAACGGUUUCGUUGCACAAGAGAGUCCCAAAGGAUCGCCGAAGGAACGUUCACCGGAAUUAUCAAAAUCGAAGCAGGACCCUCCGGAAGCGAUGGUGUACGUGGACGCUCGGUCUCAGUGUGGAUCGACGCACGGAAGCACGUCGGACGACACGGGAAGCUCGAUGUCAACGGUGAUCGACCGUUUCUCAACCUCGGACCGAGUGUCGACCGUCUCGACCGUGUCGACAGCUUCUACGACCUCCGAGCAGCCUGGAAUCGAGCAGGACUUCGAUUCUCAGCCGGCCAAGACGAUCUGCCCCUUAGAGAACUUGGACGAUUGCUCCACGAAUCCUCCCGAUUAUCUCUUACGUCGUUUGGCCAAUUCCGCGGCGGUGACCCACGUGGAGUCGAAAGGGGAAAUAGAGAAGAUCACCGCAGUGGUGGCACCCAACACGGUCCUGAUCGAGGAGACGAUCACCUUUCAGCCUCCGCUGAGUUUCCAAGACGCGCCGUUGAGCUACGGUCACGAGCCGCGUCCGGAUCUUUUUUACACCGAUCUAGCCGCCGACUCGACGACGCAUUUCAGGCCAAUUAAAGACGACGUGGAGCUCGUCGAGCGCGUGAACAGCGAGGAAUUCCAAGAGAAGCGAAAGGACAGAACGCCUCCGCCUCUGCCCGCGAGGAAUCACGUUAACAGGAUCAACGUCAAUCAAGAGCCGCGUUCUCAGAACGAGGAGACCAAGGAACAGGACGCACCUGUGCUACCGCCUAAGCCGAUGCCCAGGAGGGACGUCAAGGCCAGGAGGAAGAGACCACCGCCUCCACCGCCGCCUCCUCGAACCGAAACGAAACCUUCCUCGCUGCCCGAGUCUAGGCAAACGAGUUUCGAGGACGAUGAACCAUGCUCAAAAGACGAGAGUGCUCAAUUUGAGGAGAAUAGGUCAAGGGCUGCGGACAGAAAGGAGUCAGAAGUCGACUCGACACCGUCCAAUAGCAAUGUAGACGAAAACUUGGAUUUGGAGAAGAAGAGAAUCGUGGAAACGGAUGAUACCGAGUCAAUGGAGAAUUACGAUCUAAAAGAAGAUGAAGGACUUCGGACUAAUAAGAUAAUCGAGAUCAUCGAGAUCAGAAAAGCUAAAGCUGUUUCUCGCAGGAACGAAGAUGAACUUAAAAACAAAUCUAAUCAUUAUAAUAAUGAUAGUGAAACGAAGGAGAGGCCCAAACCAGAGAUCAGAACUUCUGUUACCAUAUCGAAGAUCGAAGAUUCUGACGAGGAACAUGAACAAGUUACGAAGUUCAAUGAACCCAUAGAAGAGCAGGACGACAAAGAUUUUAUAAGUGAGAAUUUAGAAGCGAAUGAAAGAGAGAUUUACGGACGACGAGAGAGCAACGAGAGCGACGACUCUUAUAGAUCGUGUAACGAUAUCAGUUUGAGAAGUAUUAGUCGCAAUUCCAGUAAUGAAGAAACCAUCGAUGAGGACGAUACGACCGAUGAAAGUGACGAAGGAGAUUAUUACUGGCAGAGUAACCUGGCCACUAUUGGCGAAGAAGAGGAGACGAAUUCUCUCGAAUACACAAACACAAACAAAGUUGCGAGCGACAGCGAUUCGAAUUCCACAGGAAAGGCCGAGGAAUCGUGCAAGAACGACACGUACGAUGCAAACGCGCGGAAUGACGAGGUAGAGAACGAGAAUCGAACCACACGCUUCGCCGAGGCUGUCGCUGAAAAUCCUCAAGCAGAGACGGUAAAUGGUAGGAUGGACAACUGCGGAGGCGGUCAGCGCCUGCCCCCGGACGGGGACGAGUUCCCAGCUGCCUACCAAGAGUUCGGUGGCAACAGCCAGCAGCAGUACCGUUUCGUGACGACUGGCACAACGCCGACGAGGACGUCGACGAUGAACGGCCGUCUCGUUUGCGACGAGAGCGAAUCGUUCAACGACUUCAAACUAAUCGAAAAGAGCGUCAUUAUGCCGGACAACAGAUCCACGAGCGUGGAAGAUAAGAUCGGUCUGCCGAGUAUCGAGAUAAACGGGAAAAUGAGCGUCGACGAGACGGACAACCAGAUGAUGGUACCCGAUGUCAAGCCGUCCGACGACUUCGUUAAAAAGGCCGCGGCCGUGACCAACUACGCCAGCUACGGGAACCAAGGUAACGGUAACGUGUUGUUGGCUGAGAAGAAGAUCGAAAUCACGGGGUACUAUCAUAAAGACGCGCCGGGUGUCGAGGAGGAACGCGAGAAGGAGCCGGACACACCGCCACCCUUGCCGCUCACAGGUCCACCCAAGCUGGAAACGAUUCCUCCUCCCUACACGAGAAAUCCGAUCGUAGAACCGACGCAGAGAAAGUAUUCACUGAACGGUGAACUCUGGAGACAAGAUGACAAAUCUGAGAGAUCCGUCAGAGAUAAAAUCGCGAUGUUCUCCUCUCAGAGCAGUUUAGACGGACCCUUGUUCCCAAACCCAGUAAUCGUCCCGACUCCGACGAGCAGGAGAUUGUCGAAAUACAAAUCGACGGAGGACGUCUGCAGCGACGAGAAGAAUUCGACUCAAAAGGAAAGAACUUUCUUCGCUGAUAGAACGCAAAGUUCGUUUGAUCUGACCGAUUCGGGUAGAAGCGUGGAUCCCGCGAAGAAGUACAGGCGAACGCCCAGUGUGACGCAGAGUUCUCCAGUGAGCUCGCCGACGGUUCACACGUCCAAGACGUUCCCCAUCGUUCCACAAAAGCCACUUACAACUACACCGUUGAUAAGUUCGUUCGAGACUCCCAAAUCGCCGGUGAAGAAUUAUUCAUUGACGAGCCAGAGUCCUCCAAUCGUCACAUUGAAGCCUAUCACCACGCCCGCGUUAUCUCGUGCUACGAGUUUUUCCGGAUCUAUACCGUACGGCCAGAAUUCAGGGACCAGUGAUCAGUCGGCGGGACCCCAGAUUACGAGAACCAGCUCGCUGGCGUCUACGUUUACGAGGCCCAGCGAGGAUAUAAGAAGGACCAGUUUAAACCAGCUGAUCGAACAGAGGAGGAGAUCGAUUUCGAAAUUGAGGGGUUUAGUUAUUCCAGAAAAAGAAGCUAUUCCGAUUGAUACGCCGAUCGUCGAUCUGCCGGAAAUCAAGUCGAGGGAUUCGAUACUUUUGCACCAGCUUCCAAAGGCGAGUAUUCAAGAUAAAUGGGGUUCCCAGAGUUCUUUAGCGAGCAACGCGAGCACAGCUAGCAUGCCUUUGAAAGCCACAACGUCUUUCAAGAUGCCAGCACCUCAGAUUCACUCGAAGUACUCUCCGGCUUUCAAGAGAAAGAGUCUAGCAGUUUACGGCUCGCCCACCACCGUAAAUACGAAAAGUUCCCCGGCUACGACGACUGGUACCACGCCUACGAUCUCCGAGCCUCCGAAGAGCCUCGAGAGCAUCUGCAGUCCGACGAGAAGUGACUACAGUUUCGAAUUCGCUUCGGCGACCAGCUCGCCGGAAGGCUUGCGCAACAGACCGAAAGCCGUGCAAAGAAAAUCGAGAAUGGAUUACGACGAUUCGGACAAUGAUUCGGCAGUGAGCAGCUCGCAGAGCAGCAUCUCUCGCGGCUUUAGUCCUCCCAUGUCCCCCGUACCUUCGGAACGAUCCACAGUCUCAUCCGAGAGAUCGUACGUUUCUACGGAAACUAAUUAUCAACGACGAGCCAUAAUCAUGGACAGUCCCAGGACUUAUCCGAGGGAAUCUAACGUGGAGUUAAGAUCGAACAUCCUCGGUGAUAGGACUUUCGUUUCGGAGAGAUCGUCGUCGAGCAGCAGCAGCUCCGACGUUCGAUCGCCCAUCACGGAUUCCAGGACCUCUCAGAUUCCUCAGAGGCAGCUGAAGCGAUCCAAUAGUACUGAUACCAAUUGCAGCACCUCUUCGACUCUCACCUCCGGUUCGCAGGCGAGCGCGGAGUCUCUGUCUAGAAGAGUGUUGAAACCGCAGAGCGUAGAGGCCAUCAAUCGGAAGAAUAUUCUAGCCAGCGCGAGGUGCAGGAGUGGCAGGGAUUUGAACGGAUCGCCAUUGAUUCAGAGGAAGUUCCCGGAUGAAGUCUCUAGGUCCACUAUCGCUGAGAACGGUGACAAUUAUCAGAGGAAUCGUGCGAAGGAAACUUUUACACAGGAUGUAAAGAUCGCUUAUAUCGAGGUAACAGAUUCUUACGAGGAGGACGAAAUGUUCCAGAAGGAAGCCGAGGUUUCGGAAUUGUGUCCGAAGAAAAGUGUGAUUCCUACGACAGUGAGGUCGUCGAAGUUCGAGAUGAUGGAGCCAUCGAAUGAUUUGAAGAUGUGGGUGCGUACAGAGGCGAAAGCUCUGGUCAGAUCGAAACCCAACGAGAAACCGACGAAUAAAAUCGAGAAAAAAUCCGAGACUGAUAGCGCGAAUAAUACUUCGGUGACUCAUAAUAAAUCGGUGAUCGAGGAGACGAAAUCGGCAUCGAUAAAUAGAAAGGAUGAAUCCGUGCAACGGUGCGUCUCGAAUAUUCCCUUGAAGAAACCAACAGACGAUCAGAACGAUCUUUUGACCAUCCUUACGACGAAGAGUAGGUCCAGAUCGGCGAUACACGUAGACGACGGGAGUUUCGGUCGGUCGAAGAGUCAAAUGAGUUUGGAAGACAUCUUGAGCGCGAAGACGGAAAGCAAGUUAUCGCGGAAUCAGAACGAAACGAAGAUCGAGAAGAACGGCCAGGGAAGAUCGUGGGAAACGAGAGACAGUCGAUACGUCAGGAGAUCUUCGUCCACUCUGAACGAUUCUUGGAACGAAGAUAAGUCUCAAAGCUCGAAGAUUCCGACGCUAGGGAAAUCCAGAUUAGCCGACAGCAGCGGUGAUGAGACGACGGAAGUCGAGAGAUCGAAAACGUCUCUUUUGUCAAAGAUCCCGACUAGUCGGAGUUUGAAUCGAAGGAGCGCAAGUGUCACGGACAUGAAGAAAGCGUUGGAAGCAAGUCCCACUGGUCAGGCGACCACACCGCCUUCGCAUAACCGAUUCCCGAGCUUAGACAGCAGCGUGGACGAGAACGUUUCUCCAUCUGGUACGGACAUGGACACGGACAGAUGCUGCAGCGAGCAGUUCGGUAGCAUCAGUUCAUUAGCCAGCAGCACGAGCUUAAUCUCGCAGCAAGAACUGGCGCAGCUGGUGGAAGAAGCGAGCCUCGAGGAGGCUCGUGGUGCUCACGAUGUGGUGGUCGUAUUGCUUCACAAGGAAAAUCCCACGGGUAGCGUCGGGAUCGCUUUAGCCGGGGGUGCUGACUGCGAGAUCAAGGAGAUCACGGUUCACCGGGUGCUGGCUCAUUCCAUAGCUGACAAGGAUGGUCGCGUGCAGCGGGGAGACAGAAUCCUUAGCAUAAACGGUAGAAGUACGCAGGGUCUCACGCACAGGGAGAGCAUAGCGGUACUGAAGCAGCCUAGAUCAGAAGUCGUCCUCGUUGUUUCAAGAUCGAGAACGGAGGAGGGGUGUAAAUUGAAGUCACGGACCGCGAGCGUCGAAACAAUCAUCGAAGGAUUCGAGACGAACGAGAUCGUUGAAGAUACUGCGUGGGGUCCGCCUUCAGUCGUAGCGGUGUACAAAGACGGAGCUGGUCUAGGAUUCAGUCUCGAAGGGGGCAGGGACAGUCCUCUCGGCGACAGGCCGUUGAUGAUCAAAAAAAUAUUCACCGGAGGUGCUGCCGAAAAGACUGGUGCCUUGAAGGCAGGGGACCAAUUGUUGGAAGUAAACGGGUACGACGUGACGCGGAUGUCGAGGAUCGAGGCUUGGUCCUUGAUGAAGAAGCUACACGACGGCGAAGUGAACCUCCUAGUCAGGCACCCUGCCACCAAAUCCUCGUGAAUGGUAGAGUCAAUUAAUAAAUAAACUCGUUGCAACACCUUCUGAUCGACUCGCGAUUCGAACGGGUAUGAAUAAUUAUAUCGGUUCGAACGAUCUCUUUACUGAUUCUCACGCGGGUACUUAGCAUUUUUUUACUUUGAAGAAAGUAAAGUUUCGUCGGAACGCUACUUAGAACUCGUGCUUACGCGUAUUGUUGAUUAUUGUUUGAAUCGUCUCGUUUUUUCUUUAUCUUCUUUAUUUGUUGUAGCAUUCAACUAUAUAACUUUAGCAUUUGUUUGAAUACGUUUGAUUACUGUAAAGCAGAGCAGCGCUUCUUCUGAUCGCCCGUUAUGUUACUUCUCGCUCCACGAAGUUAAUUUAAACGGAGGGUGAACGAAGAUUGAAAAUUUGUAAAUAAGAAUUCGAAAUGCAAUUGAUCUAAAAAAAGAUGGCUAUAUAAUAUAAAAAGAAGAAAUGUUAAUAUAAUGUAUUACUGACUUAUUUAAAUGUAGACUGACGUUCGUUUCUAGGUUUGCGUUUAUUAAAAAUUAUGCUGUGAUAUGUAUGUGUGUUAAUAUAAAACUAAGAAGCAUUAAUAAAAGAACGGCUCAUCUUCGACGAACUCCCUGACAAACGAUAAAUGCUAUAAAAAAAUAGUUCAUUCUAAGAUUUAACGGUUUUUUUUAUAUGACUAAAUUGCAAAGGUGUCGGUGUGUAAGUACUUGAAUCCAUGUUUUGCGGCUUUGGUUCUAAGGAUGAGAGGAGAUUCAAAAACGCAAUCCGUUUAAGGAAAAAAAACCUAUUUUAUAUACGCAGCGAACGAAUCCGCUUGUAAAUUAUCAUGUUACAUUACAUUGUAAAAACAUUAUACAUUCAACAACGUUAAUACCAAUAAUA